CUUAAAAACGAAGAAAAAUUUAAAAAGAAAAAAAAACAAGACAAAGCAAGAAGCUUGGAGCUUUUCUAAGUAUAUAUAUAUAUAUAAAAUAAGUAAAAUAUUAUUGGAAAAUAUCGAUUUCUAGAAAUAUUUUUGAGGACUAUCUAGAACGAUACACAGUUACGUUAAUAAUUUGUGCCCUCUCAACAAACAAAUCUUGUAAUAUCCUCUAUUCGCUAUGCACCAUACUACAUUUCCGUCGCAAAUUAUGUCACAAAUGAAUGGACAACAGACCAAUGGACAAUGCUCACUAGCUCAAGCUCAUGUCUUUCAUUUUAAUAGUACAAUGAAUACAAAUACAUUGUAUCAAGCCAAUUACACCCAGUACAACCCAAAUGUUUCCGGACACGGUAGACGUCGUAUAAUGCAGACAGCAUUGCGACCAUUGGACCUGUUACGACAACUGGGAGUUGAUAUAUCAUCAGUGCGAUACACGGAUUACGCACAAUUAAACAAUUUUUCUGGAAAUUGGUUAAAGAGAAUUAAUACAUUUGGUGAUGUACCAGUUUUAAAUGUACCUCAAUAUACCAAGCCUCUAAAUAAUAAUAUAACAAAGAAACCAAUCUGGUUAAAUAAAGGAAGACCAUUUAGAGGACCUUUCAAAAAGAAUGAAUUAUAUAAUAAUAAUAAUAACGAUAAUAAUAAUAAUAACAAUAAUAAUAAUAGUAAUAAUAGUGGAAGUAAUCCUUGUCCAACAAAACCAAAGAAGUAUUACAACAAUUUAACAGAGAUAUAUGAAGUUACAAGUUUAGGAGGGCCAGAUAUAAAUAAACAUCCAGCGAUAAGAUCAAGAGAAAUAUCUUUAGAAUCCUUUUUGGGAUAUAUACAAGAAUAUUAUUAUACUCAGAAUGUGUGUCCACCAAUUUCAUUUCGAACAUGUAGAACAUGUAUGGCAAAGCAUGAAAGGGGUAGUUUUCCAGCAUUAGGUCGUAUAUUUCAUAAAGGUUUUAUAGAUCCUGAUAGAUACCUUGCUGAAUCUCACUUGGUGGAGAUAACUUCUGUACCAGGUAAUCUUGUCACUGAACCGAUAAAAUGGGACGACCUGUCGCGACAGAUUUGGUCAAUGUUUAUAUCAAAUCAACAAACAGAAUCUACUUAUAGAAAUAAAAUAAUGCUAUGGAAAAAUCUUCAAUGUCAUAUCAGAAAAUGGUACCGAAGAUACGACUUGAUUAUGAUAGGCUCAACAAUGAAUGGAUUUGGGCUUGAAAAUAGUGAUGUCGACAUGUGUCUUUUAGUCAGACACGAAAAAGUGGAUAACAGGGAUACGGCCCUUAUGCAUUUAAAUCAAGCAUUAAGGUGCCUUCAGCGAUAUAAGUCUGCAGAAAAUUUGGAAAUUAUACAAGCAAAAGUGCCUAUCAUAAAUUUUCAUGAUUCAAGACAAAAUUUAAAUAUUGAUAUAAAUUGUAACAGCAGUGUUGCCAUCCUGAACACACAUUUGUUAUAUUGUUAUUCGAGAAUUGAUUGGAGGGUAAAACCGUUGGUGUUAAUUGUAAAAUUAUGGGCGCAAUUUCAUAAAAUCAAUAGUGCAAGGAAUAAUACAUUAUCUAGUUAUUCUUUGACCCUCAUGGUCAUAAGCUUUUUACAGUGUGGUAUUAAUCCUCCGAUCCUGCCGAACUUGCAGAACCAUACAAGCCAAUUUCGAAGCUUUUAUCACGAAGAUAUCCAACCUAUUAUUGAAGAUAUUCAUAAGAAAGAUCUAGGACCAAUAUAUAUCGGUUCUUCAUUAUAUCAGAGUAGAAAUACGCAAUCUCUCGGAGAAUUGCUUCACGAGUUCUUUAAAUAUUACAUAAGUUUCGAAUUCGAGCAUCAUGCGGUAUCUAUAGAAGCGGGAUAUAAAAUAAAAAAAGAAACUUGUCGUUUGGCGUCCUACCCUAAUAACAACCGUGGUCAUUGGAAAUAUAUAGGUAUCGAAGAGCCAUUUGACCGCACCAAUACAGCGAAAGCUGUCUUUGACGAAAAAAUAUUCUAUAGGAUUCAAUCCGUAAUUGGUCAGUCAUAUAAACAAUUAGCUGGUAAUAACAAUCUUAACAGCCUAUUCAUCGAGAUAUCAGAAGAGCAAUGUCCAUCACUUGAAUCGCAUGAGCCUGAUGCACAUGCCAUCUAAGUACCUCGUACCUAGUAUCUGCUAGACUGACACAUAAAAGGCUUAAUCAUUAAUUAGAACAUAAAUGAUACGUAAAAGCGCUUUAUUUUUGAUGAUUCUUAAGUUGCUUUGAUUGGAUUGGGAAGGCAUAAGGAACAUUGGCUUAAAGGUCUGUGAAUCUAAAAUUAUAUAAUUGGAUAAAGAAAAGUGGAAUAAGGUUGUUUAGAGUAUUUUACAUGAUGUGUUUGAUAUUCUUUGUAAUAUUACAAUUUUUUGAACAAUUUAUAAAAAUUAUAAGAGAUCCAGCAGAAUGAUAACUUGUUCUGCGUUCGAUUUUUCAACUUGAUUUAUGUUCUUCAAUUUUGUAAUCACUUUGUAAAAGAUAAUUUCAGAGUUAUUAUGGACCAUACGGCAUUUAGAAAAAAGACAAGACUGUGAUGAUUCAACGCAGCUUAGAUGUGAACUUAUGUCUAAUAUAUAUCUCGCUCUUUGUUUUUGGAGGAUAGCAAUUGUGUAAAAAAGCAAGUAUUACCUCCUUUUUUAUGUAUAUAAUGCUGUUAUUUUAGGAUAUUAACUAUCCAAAUUAUUUUCGUGAUGUAUAGAUAUUAUGU